AUGUUCGAGAUCGACUGGAAGGGCCUCGCCCUUCCCUUUGCCUACCUGCUCGUCCUCGGCGGCGCCCUCAUGACCUUUUCCACAAUCUACCGCAAGCGCAGGGCAGCCGAGAGCGCCAACCUCGCCCCGUGGUUCGGCCCCAACCUCCAGCGCAACGUGUACCUUUCACUCCUGCACAUGAACCCUGAGCCGGGCAGCGGCGAGAAGACCCCGCGCGUUCCCGAGAGCCUGCUCCGCGCGGCGCUGCUGCGUCGCGCCGUCGAGGACAUCGAGCGCCUCAUCCAGAUCAAGACGGCCAAGCAGGCCUGCAGUUCACUGCUGCUGAGGGGCAGCGUGGGUGACGACCUGUGGCAGCGCUUCCAGCGCGCCGAAAAGGAGAUGGAGGAGGAGCUGCGAGACGUGGUGCAAGAGGCUAAUGCCCUGGCCCCCAACUGGGGUCCUACCAUCUUCCAGUCCGCCCACGAAAUCGCCGCCAACACGAAGCUCCGCCAGCGGCUCGACGAGAUCCAGUCCCAGACAGAGGCCGAGAAGCAGUGGUGGGAGAAGCGACGGGGUCAGAUCCAGAGCGAGUUCAUGAAGGAGCUCGACGAAUCGGAGAAGGGCUCGACCAAGGGCAGCGAGGACGACGCGGUGCUGGUUGACACGCCUGCCAAGGGUGGCAAGAAGGGCAGGAAAUGA